UUGUUGCAGCCUGCACGAGCUCUAAGCGCGCACGAGAUGGGAGAGAGACGCGUGAAUCCGCCAUUGGACGAUGACGGGUACGAAAGUGUGGAGAGCAUGGAUUCUGAGGAUGAGUUUGACGAUAGCCAAUACGGCACGAUGGCCAGGUUCGUUCCGACAUUGGUGCUGGAGAGGCUCCGAGCUGUCGGGCAAGCUGCUGCCGUGCCCAAAAAGUCGAUCUUGGAAGGCGUGGACGCAGCGGUAGCGGCGGACGACGCAGUGGAAAGCAUCAGCUCGCCGAAGGCGCACGAGCUUGACGCUGCCGUGAUGGUGGUGGAUGUCUCGGGGUUCUCGAGCAUGUGCGAACGCUUCGCGCAAGGUUUUGUGCCCGACGGUGGCUGGAGGCAAAGGAUGAAGGGCAUCCCGUUCCUGAACGUCGCCGGGGGAAGAGGCGUGGGCGCGCGCGGCGGCGACGGGAGCCGUGUCGUCGGCGUCCGCCGCAGCGGAGCCUCCCACGCCAGCGUGAUAACGUCCCUCUACCGCCUGUCCAACGACAAGGAGACCAAGGGCUUUGGGGCAGAGGGCGUGCGAGAUGCCCUCAACUUGACCCUCAGCGCGCUGAUCUCGACGGUGGAGAUGCACGGAGGAGACGUCCUCCGGAUAGCGGGGGACGCGCUGAUCGUCUUGUUCCACCAGGGCGAGGCUGGAGUCUCGCACUUCGAGCUUGCCGACCUCUGCUUGGCGUGCACGCGGUGUGGGUGGCAUUGCGCCGCAUCGGUCGGGACUGAGGCGGGCAACGGCAGCGGCGGCGGCGGCGGCGGCGGCGGCGGCGGCGGAGGGCUUUCCGUGCACGUAGGGAUCGGCUGCGGGCGGGUCAGCUGCUUUCACGUCGGAAGCGACCGGCUGGGGUGGCAGCUGGUCGUUAGCGGUGGGCUCUUCGAGAACCAGGUUGCCAAGGCGCUAGACGCCUCCGGUGCCGGGGAGGUGGUCGUCUCCGACCAGGUGUGGCAGCACCUGGCGGGGACCGGCUGGGGUUCCAGCCCGGUACAAGGGAAAGUCGGAUCCUCAUACCCUCACGGGUUACGCCUGCUCCAUUGGACACCCGGGUCUGGCCUAGGAGGGCCCGAAGCGGGCUGCUGGGACGACGACAUCGACAGUAGCAGCAGCAGUAGAGCCGCUGCCGGGCGCGGAGGAGGGGGCGCGGCUUCGAUGGCCCCUGCUCAUGGCGGGGCAGGAGUGCUGGCAGGAGACGGGGGCGUCAGCAGCAUCAGCAGCAGCAAGGGGGCUUCUGAUUCUCCACCCCUGGUGCCCCCCCCCCACAAGAUGGCGGUACCGCGGAGGUCUUCGUAUUCGGCGGCGGCGGCGGGAGGCGGGAGAGGCAUCCCAGGACCUUUGCACGGAAGAUCGGUGUCGUUGGAUCAUCCUGCAUCCGGUGCAGCGGGAGGGAGCGUCACUGCCGGCGGAAGGCGGUUAUCCCUCCUGGAGGAGGUGGAGACGGGGGUGAUGACCAUGCUCUCAAAGGAAGUCGGCCGGGCUCUGAGGGGCUACUGUCCGCAGUCAAUCAGGGAAGGGUUGGUGGCGGAGAGGCUCGGCCUCCUGGCAGAGCUUCAGAGGGUGGCCGUUCUCUUCGUCGGCCUCUCCUUCGAAGGCGUUGACAGCAGCAUCAGCAAGUCACCCAAAAUGCCGCAACCCACUGGAAACCCCGGGAGAAUACACAGGGAUUCGACGCGCCCCUCACCCGGGGGGAGUUCCAUCGCCCUCCUGGCAGGCCCGGGGUUAGGGGAUGCGGCUGCGGCGGCGGCGGAUGGGAGCAGUCCGAUGGAAACAGGUCAUGGAUGGGCGGGGGCGGCGGGGUAUGAUGCCGGCCCGAAGGAGAAGGAGAAGGAGAAGGAGAAGGAGAAGGAGAGCGAUCGCGGCAAGGGUAGUGCGGCGGUGGCGGAGACGGCGAGUCGACCGGCUGUGUUGUCGCUUGAGCUGCUGCAGGGGAGCUUCUCGCUCCUCCAGAGCAUCGUGGCGAGCCACAGGGGCGUGAUCAAGGAGCUUUCCGUCGACGACAAGGGCACCGUUUUGAUAGCGGGGUUUGGCUUGUCUCCGCAAGUGGGGCAUCUUCCCGCCGCCCGUGCAACCCUCUGCGCGAUGGAAUGCACGGACAGGCUGCGGGCCAGGGGGCUCGCGCGGUGCCACGCGGGGGUGGCCACCGGGCCGGUGUUCUGCGGCUCUCUCGGCUCUGAAGACAGGCGGGAGUUCGCGAUGAUCUCGGAGACGGUUAACUUGGCACAGCGACUCAUGAGCGCCAGGAAGAGCCGGCGGCUUCGGCCUAAGACCCAGGCGGGCAUGACCAGCAACAGCACCACCGGGAGCAGCACCGUCACCUGGCCGUCGCCGAAGGACCAGAAAGGGAGCGUCAGAGGUAGCGCUAACGUCAAGACGGCUGUAGACGGCGGGAGCGUCGGCAGCCCUGCCGCCGCGGUGGCGGCAAGAAGAAUACCUGGAAAUAGGCCAGACUCGGCGCUACAGAGGGGGGAACAGCAAGAGAUGGACGCCGGCUUUACUCUGACGCCGUUGGCGACACCAACCUCGCAACGGAAGAAGCUAGGGGGGGAGGGGGGCACGGGGGAGGACUUGUGGGAGGGAUCGUUCAAUAGGUGGGUCGUGCUUGAAGCGGAGACUCUUACAGAGGCGAGGAAAACGGACCAGCUGGCAUUCUUGGAGCUCGAGGCUAUCAAGGUUAAAGGGAAGACUUCCAAGGUGGACGUGUUCGCGCCCAGCCUCGCCGACGACGUUGCCGCUGCCCUUGCGGCGCUGUGUUCCAAAACCGCGGUGGCAGAUAUCUCGGGCCAUCUGAGAGACGCUUCGCACGGCGGCAGUACAAGCACAACGCCGGACCCCGUCCUGGGCAGCAUGCGCGGGGCACCCGCUCCCGCCCCUCCGGGAGUGAUUCUGGGACGCGUCGGCGGGCGCGGUGGCAGAAUACCCCCGCCGCCGCCGCCGCUGCCCCGUCAUCGCACUAUCGAUCCCCCCGCAGGUGAUGGGUCAGAGGCACUGGUUGGUGCUGGUGCGGUGUUCGGCGGAACCCUUCUCCGGAACGAUUCGUCGCUGGACGACUCGAAACGCUACCGACUGGAAACCCCGGGGCGGGGAACAUUCUGGGAAGAGGACGUGUUUUCGGAAUCCGGCGGCGACGGCGGCGGUGGUAGCAGAAUCGGGGAGGACCCACUCCCGGCCGCGGCCGCGAAACGCUUCGCCUCGUGGCAGAAUCUCCGAAGCUUGCCGGGAGGAGGAGCGACAGCGGAAGACGCUAGAGGCGUUUCGCCGGUCGGGGCGGCGGAGAACGUGGGUCCCCGGGGCGUCGGCGUCGGCGUCGGCGUCGGCGUCGGCGUCGGCGGUGGCGGUGGCCUGGGUAGUGAGAGGGGCGGGGACGUGUUGAGCCGGGAGGCGUUCGAGGCUCUGCUGCCGUGCAUCUUCCAUGCCGAUGCCGUCCAUGACGAGGUGUCUCAUAUCCUGUGGGCACGGACGAGGGGGCGAGUGUCCUACCUGGCGGACCUCUGCCGGAGUCUCACUGGGACCUCGAGAGGGGCCGCCGCCGCCGGUAGCGGCAGCAGUGGCGGCACGAGCUUCGGCGAGGUGGGGGAGGACGGUACCUGGAGGCUGAGGUUGAACGAGUUCGCCCAUGUCUUGAAGCUGGCGUCAAGAGUGCCGGCUGGGGUGGAGGGGGCCCUGCAGAGGAGACUGGACGAGCUGCCCUACACCGCCAGACAGGUGGUGCUUCGAGUGGUAUGCGUCACGGUCGUCGCGGGUGUCGGCGAGAUGGACCUCCUGCUUCACCUACUGACCAACGUCGCCCCUUUCAAAGAGUACUGGAAGGCCGUGGUGUCCCAACACGAGAGCGGAGAGGCGCCCACACGGCGCCGCAGCAGCCGCUUCCGUCGCCGAACAGGCACGCCCCCCCGGCGGUCCUUGACCUUGUCUCCUGUCAACACCUCUCCCAGCGUCGCCAGGACCCCGGCCACCGACGCCGCCAGCACUCUGGCGUCGGCGGUUGCUAGGGGAGCCAUCGAACGCCGCGAUAUCCUCCGCGGUGGCGGCGGCGGCGGCGGCGGCGGCGGCAGCGGGAUGGCACACGCCGAUGCGGAAGCAGCACCACCUACGGCAGAAAUUUCGACGAGACAGUCACGCCCGCGUGUGCAGUCCAUGUCUGAAGCGGCAGCCGCGGCGAUGACCGAGUUCUUGCGAGACGAGGCAGGGGCGGCGGGCGCAGAGCAAGACCGGAAACGGACGCGCUCGGACGUCCCUGGGAGGCUUACCGCACGUGACUCAGGAGGGGACGCAGGCUUGCGGACAACAUCGCCUUCCAGCCCGGCGACCGCUCGAAGGGCGACCUCGGCCAUCGACAAGUCGGCGGGUGCCCACUCGGAACCGGGGGCCGGGGAGGAGGCACUGCGCACUUGCCUCGCGAUGCUCGAGGCGGGGGGGUUCCUGAGGCUGUGUGAAGGAGGAAAGACGUUCGUCUGCGACGAUAUGAUGCUGAUGGAUCAGGUGUACGCUUCCACCCCCUUCAAGCUUCGCAAGAGCUUACACAAGGAGGCCGCACAGUGGAUCUCCGACAGGCACCGACGGGAUUUCCGCGAUCGGGCAGAUGUCAUGCCCAUGCUGAUCAACCACCUCACGCAAGCUCACGAAGAGGCACGGGCGCAGGCCAUGCUGGCCGUCCUCAAGGUGAUGCUGGCGUUGUGA